AUGGCACUUCAAGGUGAUCAUAGAGCUCGUUUGCCUCAUUUGCAAAGGCCCCUCUACCAAGAAGCUGAGCCAAUCUCUUCGAAGCCUGAUAUCCCUCAACAAAAUCAACUUCCUAACACAAUGGCCGAACGAAGGAUUCAAGCUGAGCAGCCAAGAGAAGCAAAAGUCCACACCGAAACACUUCCAAGACCUUUAGAAAGAUAUGAUGACUUUUUAGGUCAAUUCACCGCUAUGGGACAGCUUCCGCCUCCUAUUUUAGAAAAUAUUAUCGCAAAAGAGCAAGCUGUCACCUCCCCACGCUUUCUCCGUUUUACAUGCACUCAAUGUGCAAUAGAUGAAAGCACUCAAAAAUCAACAGGCCUGCCACUUGCUGCAAUUUGGCACCCACUCGCUGAUAUCUGCCCAGGAGAAGAUCCAAUCCCAAUUCUUAAUAAAAUCCCAUUCCGAUGCAAUCGAUGUUUGGCAUUUGUCAGUCCUCAUUUUCGAUUUGUGGAAGGAGGAAGAAAGUGCAUAUGCAAUAUAUGCGGGCUGGUUCAAGACUCACCAGAGGAGUAUUUUAACGAUAGAAAUAACAAACCUGAGCUUUGGGCUGGGACUUAUGAGUUCAUCGCUCCAGAAGACUACUCAAAUCGGCCUCCGAUGGCUCCUUUAUUUUUCUUUUGCAUUGAUAUCUCAGCGAAUUCUAUAUCUUUAGGCCUCCCUCAGCAGAUUCUGACAUCAAUAAAAGGAGUGCUGGACUAUGUUUCUUUUCCUGAGAGAUGCAGCAUUGGAGUGAUGACGUUUGAUACUUCUAUGCAGUUCUAUAAGAUUGGAUCUACUGGAGAAGUCUCAGAAAUCUUGGUAACUGAUGUAGACGACCCUUUUAUCCCUGAAAGUGUGGCUGGGCUUACUUAUAAUGUGGCUGAGCAGCGGGAACAGCUGGAUGGGCUAUUGGAUAGGCUGCUUGCUUGGGACUUUACACAACCUCCUAAAGUGAAUUUAUCAGCUGGGGCAGUAGCUGACGCGAUGAAAAAUUAUUUAUUAAAAGGAAGAGGAGGGAGAGUCCUCAUCUUUACUUCCCAGCUUGGCACUGUUGGAAAAGGAAAACUGACUAAUAGAGUAGACCCUAAACUUUUUAAUACAGAUAAAGAGAAAACCAUGUACGCUCCACUUGAAAAUUAUGUUACCUUAGCCCAAGAGUGCACAUCUGAAGAUAUUUGUAUUGAUAUUUUCUUAUGCUCAGGACAGUAUGCUGAUGCCCCUUCAUUGGCUGCACUUUGUUCUCAAACUGGAGGAGAUUUGCAUUAUUAUCCAAAUUUCAAUGUAGGCUUUGAUGGAGAACGGAUGUAUUAUCAAAUUUUCCGAACUUUGACAAGGACACAAGGCUUCCAAGCAGUUAUGAGGGCAAGAUGUAGCAAUGGAAUCGCAAUUGAUCAAUAUAUUGGGAAAUUCAAAAGAAAAGGACCGGUCGAAAUGGAGCUGGCUUGCAUUGAUUCGGAUAAAACUAUAGUCAUUAUGCUUAAGCAUGACUCAAAAUUGCAAGAAGAUAUUGAUUUGCAUGUUCAAUGCGCAAUGCUUUAUACGAGCCAGUAUGGGCAAAGACUUAUAAGAAUUUUCAACGGAGUCAUGAAAAGCACAAAAAUGAUCCCUAAUAUAUUUAAAGGGGGAGAUGCUGAUGCAAUAGCGAAUGUUGUUGCAAGACAAAGCGCUUAUUCGAUUUAUGAAGAAGCGGUGGGGACUGUUAGAGAAAAAUGGCAUGCAAGCAUGAUAACGAUGCUUACGAUACAUAGAAUGACUGUUGGAGAUGGAGAAGUAAACAAAAUUUUGGUACCUGAGACCUUAAGAAUGGUCCCUCUUUAUAGUAACACAGCUAUGAAGCUUCCAGCUUUUGCAGUAAGUGGGGUUCCAAUUGAUGCAAGGCUUUUUUCAGUGCACGCACUAUUAGGUAUGAACAUCCGUCAAACAAGAAUGCACUUUUAUCCAUCCAUUUAUAGUUUGCACGACAUUUCAGUCCAGCCUCAACAGCCAGGAACUCUAAAUAAUGCUGAGUUCCUAAUCCUCCCUAACUUAGUUCCGUGCACCUUGCAAUAUAUUCAAUCGAAUGGAGUCUACUUACUAUUUAAUGGUGAAGUUAUGCUACUUUACAUAGGAAGGAACGCAGAUCAAGAAUUUUUGCAAAAUGUUUUUGGCGUCCCUCAGUUUGACGAAUUGAGCGAAAACCCUGAGUUGUGGGCUCUAAAUGACUAUGGAAAUGAUGAGUCAGCAAAAGUGCUAGCUAUUAUAGAUGAGGUCAGGAAAAGAAGUCCAUCAGCUUAUCCAUCCUUGCAUUGGCUCUUUGAAGGGAAAGGGGAUGAUUUCAUUUUAAGAAGGUUCAUGGUGGAAGAUGUGACGUCUGGAGAAAUCAGCUACAGUGAUUACUUGCUAAGAAUCCACAAAAUAGUGCUGAAUAAAAUUGCUGAAAGAAGAGGAUAA